CAUUAUGGUGUAGUGUGUCCUCUCACUACGCUAGGCUCACAGCAUCAACCUGAGACCAGAUACAGUUAAUUAUCUACCAGGCGCGCGCACACACACACAUACACACACAAAGACAAGAGUGCAUGAACUAACCAGACUGACAGAAGAACCUUCCGUUGGACCGAAAAGAGACAGUCUAGAUGAAAAAAACAGAUAAAGAGAGGUAGAUCUGAGGCUAGAGACGAGUAAAAGACAGGCACCUGGUCCCAACACUGGACAUGUGAUUAUGGAUCAGUAUCAGGACUAAAGAAAAAACACAUGAGAGGAGCGAAGAGUGGAUAUUCUCCUUCUUGACAGGACAGACCAACAGCUAAAGAAGAACCAGUGAGACCAGCCUCCAUCACUCAUGCCCUUCCUCCCUUGCCAACCGGUUUUCCUCCAUCCUCCACCUGUCCGCUCGGUGUCACCCUGUGGAUCUGCUAGCAGACGGGCAUCACUGGCAUCAUGCCGGCUGCAUUGAAGUCAUCUCUGGAUGGGAGCAUGACAGAUUCAGGGGAGCUGGAGCAGGCGGCACCUCCCUGUCUUGGAAAAGUGCCCCGCGACCUGCUCCAAAACUUUCCUCACACUAAGCGUGUGGGCAGCUACCUGGUGGGCAAAAUGAUCAACAAGGGCUCGUUCGCCAAAGUUAUGCUGGGGAUGCACAUCAGUACAGGAGAGAAGGUGGCGAUCAAAGUGAUAGAUAAGAAGAAGGCUCGUCAGGAUUCAUACGUUUUAAAAAACAUGAAGCGUGAACCCCGGAUUCACCAGCUGAUCCGCCACCCCAACAUCGUCUUGCUGCUGGAGACGUUGGAGACGGAGAACUGCUACUACAUGGCCAUGGAGCUGUGCGGAGGAGGAGACCUUAUGGACCGAAUCUGUGAACGCAAGCGGUUGGAGGAGAGAGAGGUCCGCAGGUACACCCGCCAGAUACUGUCUGCAGUGGAACACCUGCACCGACACGGGAUAGUUCACAGGGACUUGAAGAUUGAAAACUUCCUACUGGAUGAGCACAACAACAUUAAGAUAGUUGACUUUGGUCUGAGUAACACUCUGAAGGCAGACUCUCUCUCUCUGGAGCUUCUGAACACUCAGUGUGGCAGCCCUGCUUACGCCGCUCCCGAACUGCUGGCCCACAGGAAGUACGGCCCUAAAGUGGACGUGUGGUCUGUGGGUGUGAGUAUGUUUGCCAUGUUGACCGGCACUUUACCGUUUACGGUGGAGCCCUUCAACAUCAAGCAACUUCACCUGAAAAUGGUGAAUGGAGAAAUCAGUGUGAUACCGUCGGACAUCAGCAAAGCGGCUGUACAGUUUGUCUUGUCUCUGCUGGAACCAGACCCAGCAAAAAGGCCAACAAUAAAAGCAGCAAUGGAGGAUAAAUGGUUGAAUGAGGGUUAUGCCAAGAGACCCCUCCAUACUGUAACUCAUAAAAACAGGCUGCGUCCCGAGGAUCUAAAUUCAGCUGUGCUAAACUACAUGACUGAAUCUCUAGGUUACGGUCUUUCUGAUGUCAUCCACACUGUCAUCAGUAACAAGCCGUCGGCCAUCUUAGCUUGCUACCAUAUACUGCUGAAAAAACUCAACAGGCAUCAGAAAGUUGUGAGGACCAUGAAGAAAGAAGAGAACAGCGAAUGGAAUCUUCUGAAUAAGGGCUUGUCGAGAGGGAGAAGCAAUGCAAGUGCUAAGAGUCAGCAACAGUCUCCUCAGAGUGACACAGCCAAUGAGAGGAGCUCAAGGCAGGCCAGUAAGACCCAGAGCAGCCAAUCACAGGACAGAGAUGCCCAGACUGGCGUGAAAAGACCUGCGGAGAUCAUUAGACCAAAGCAGCCAAGCCUAGUGGACAAAGCAGAUUCCCCCACCUCACUGCCUGUGGACACAGCGAAUGAGAUUGCCAUACUUGUGGAGACACAUGAUGGACUGAUUCCUAAAGUCUCAACGUUUGGUGAAAAGGAGAUGCUUCGUGUCUCACCCCCUAAGUGUUCCUGCAGAGAGGAGAGCGGCACCAAACUCUGUGACUCUGCCCCUUGUGAUGCCACUGUAACCAUAGACACCUCUAGAGACUCCCAGACAAUGAAAACGCCAAUCAAACCACAUGAUCUGAGACCGGCUUACUCUGACAAAUAUCAAUCUCUGGACUGUGAACAUCAGCAUGAUGACAAGUUAGAGAAGUUACAGACGUUCUACUCAGAGAAAGGGGCUUCUCCCAGAACGGGACAGCGCUUUAAGGAUCUAUUACUGGCUAUUGAGGAGAAAACCUACAAUGCUCGCCACCUCAGCGCCAUGGAAACCACAACACAAACCUCCCCUUUACCGCGACUACGACACACUGGGACGCUUAAAGAAUCCGCACCUAGAAAAGUCACUUGGGUAGGCUUGACGCGCCACACAACGGCUGGCACAGGCUCCUCGUCUUUCUUGGUAAAUGGGUCCAAACCGCCACUGUUUCCAUCUCAAAGACAACAAGCUCUCGUCAUUAAAAACCUGAGACAUGGAAAGGAGAAGAGGAACGUGGGAACGGGAGGGGGAGGAGGGACAGGCAUCCCCAGUAAUACAGCGAAAAGAAACUCAAUUCAGUUGCGAACGGCUAUACAGCGCCGAGUCACGGACCUCAACCUACCAAUGCUUCCGUCUGCUUUACAAAACAAAUCUGACAAAAAGACAGAAAUACUCCGAAUGGAUUUUGGGUGACAUUUGAGGCUCUCUUAAAAGGAGUACUCCGGGUUUAAUACAAAUUAAGCUUGCUCGACAGCACUUGUGAAUUAAUGUUGAUUACCACAAAACUAAUCAAUUUCAUUCAUCUCUCAUUUUCUCUAAGGCAAGACAGGCAAAACUUUAAGAUUUUAGGCUUUUUUGC